GACCUGCGCUUGAAUGUGGGCAUCUAAGCUCGGGACUUUAACCGUAUAAAAUCUAGACGGUCAAUGUGGAUGUCAGUAGGGCCAUGGAAAAUUUAAACCGUUCGCAUUUGCUUUGGCUGAAGAAAUGACUGCAGUGGAUUUAAUCCCGGGUUCACUUCUAGCCUCUGGGCCACUGAAGCGAUGAAAUACAGCCCGUUAGAAAUUUCCUGGUUCUAGGUCGGUCGGUGUUCUAGUUCAACUCAACUUCUUUUAUCCUCAGCUCAGCGUUGUUUAAUCUAGUCUCUCUCCGGCUCUCACAAGUCACGGAUUCACCUCAUCCUCUCAAUUCCCAACAGGUUAACCGACCUGGCAUAAUGGGUGGAAGUGUAAUAGAUGAUGACUGGGAACUUACUUCACCAUCCACUGGGGUUCGCACUAUAGUCUUAGUUGGGCGUACAGGUAAUGGCAAAAGUGCGACAGGCAACAGUAUUCUUGGAAGGAAGGCCUUCAAAUCAAGGGCUAGCUCAUCUGGUGUUACCAGUACUUGUGAAUUGCAGAGAACUGUGGUUGCAGAUGGUCAAAUUAUCAACGUCAUUGACACUCCUGGACUGUUUGAUUUUUCUGCUGAAUCUGAAUUUGUUGGCAAAGAAAUUGUCAAAUGUAUUAAUAUGGCCAAGGAUGGGAUCCAUGCUGUCCUUGUAGUAUUCUCAGUUAGGACCCGAUUUUCACAAGAAGAAGAAGCUGCACUUCGCAGCUUACAAACUUUGUUUGGAAGCAAGAUAUUUGACUACAUGAUUGUAGUAUUUACCGGAGGAGAUGAACUUGAAGAUAAUGAUGAGACCUUGGAUGAUUAUCUAGGUCGUGAAUGUCCUCAGCCUUUAAAGGAAAUUCUCACCCUCUGCAAGAAUCGACUAGUGCUUUUUGAUAACAAAACUAAAGAUGAAUUUAAGAGAACUGAACAGGUUCAGCAGCUUCUUUCCCUUGUAAAUGUGGUCUUAGUUCAAAAUGGGGGCCAACCAUACACAGAUGAGUUAUUUGCUGAAUUGCAAGGGGCUAUGAAACUCCGUGAUCAACAAGAAGAGGUUGAUUCUUUCAUAGGUUAUUCUAAACGAGAAAUAUUGCAGCUGAAGAAGCAGAUGCAUAGGUCAUAUGAAGAACAACUGAAACGAAUAACUGAGAUGGUUGAGUCAAAGCUUAAGGAGACAACAAUUAGGCUUGAGCAGCAGUUGGCAAAAGAGCAAGCUGCCCGACUAAAAGCAGAAGAGAUUGCUCAAAUGGCUCAGAUGAAAUCAAAUGACGAAAUCCGCCAGCUUAGAGAGAAUUUAGAAAGAGCUCAAAAGGAGACUGAGGAACUUCGUAAGCAGGCUGGAAAUCGAUGCACCAUCCUGUGAUGCAUUUUACUAUGUUCUAUGAGGUGAAAAUAUUUGAGUAUUAUUUCUAGCUUUAUGUAUUUGGUUUAUCAAGUCUUUAAAGGAUUAUGAUUUAACUUCCUGGGUAACAUGUUUUAAUUCCUGUAAGUAAAUGUUUAACAGUGUUCGGCUUAAGAUUUCAAUACAUGAACAUGUCUUCCACUUUUUCGUCGAA